AUGGCCUCUCAGCAGCGGACGGUGCUCAUCUCUGGCUGCUCUUCGGGGAUCGGCCUUGAACUAGCACUUCAGCUGGCUCAUGACCUCAGGCAGCGUUACCAGGUGGUGGCCACCAUGAGGGACCUAGGGAAGAAGGAGCCAUUGGAGGCAGCUGCUGGAGAAGCUCUUGGAAAGACCCUCAGCGUGGUCCAGCUGGACGUGUGCAGUGAUGAGUCAGUGACUGACUGUCUCAGCCACAUCGAGGGAGGACAAGUGGAUGUGCUAGUGAACAAUGCAGGAGUAGGCCUUGUGGGGCCCCUGGAGGGACUCAGCCUAGCCACCAUGCAGAGCGUGUUCAACACCAACUUUUUUGGAGCUGUCCGUCUGGUCAAAGCUGUGCUUCCAGGCAUGAAGAGGAGGCGUCAGGGCCACAUCGUGGUGGUCAGCAGUGUUAUGGGGCUUCAGGGUGUCAUGUUCAAUGACGUCUAUGCAGCCUCCAAGUUUGCCCUAGAAGGGUUCUUUGAGAGUCUCGCUAUCCAGCUGCGACAAUUCAAUAUCUUCAUCUCAAUGGUGGAGCCAGGUCCAGUCACCACUGACUUUGAAGGGAAACUCCUGGCUCAGGUUUCCAAGGCAGAGUUCCCAGAUGCAGACCCUGACACCCUGGGCUACUUCCGGGACUUGUACCUCCCAGCCUCCAGGGAGCUCUUCCGCUCUGUGGGACAGAGCCCACAGGAUGUGGCCCAGGUCAUUGCCAAGGUCAUCGGUUCCACCAGACCCCCACUCCGCAGACAGACCAACGCUCGCUACCUCCCACUGACAGCGCUUAAGGCCAUGGACCCCUCUGGAAGCCUGUAUGUGAAAACUGCCCACAGGCUCCUUUUUCGCUGGCCUCACCUCCUCAACCUUGGUCUCCGAUUCCUGGCCUGUGGCUGCCUCCCAACACGUGUGUGGCCUAGACAAACAGAUCAGAACUGACCUGUCCCACCCUUCUACCUGGAACAGCAGGGCUCUGCCCAGAGACAGUACAGACUCUCUUGUUCACUCAUUCAGGCCCAUGGGGGAAGAAUUUGGGAUGGAGUGGGAGGCAGAGGGAGUUGAGGAGGUUCCAGCCAUGGCUUUACAUCACUCUGGAUUUCCCGAGGCUGAGACCACGAUCCCCUGAACUCACCAUACAUUCCUAUGCUGCUGAAAUCACACUGAGUCAGACUCAGCUGCAUCGAAGAGAGAAUCCUCAUUGCUAAGAGUGGUAACUAUACAAACAAACACAGCCAGGGGAAGCUGGUGUUAGACACUGGCUGGAUGUUAUUGCUGACCUGACAGGGAGGCUGGCCCAAGUUCAGCCGAUGCUGGAGACAGGCCCACACUUGGUUCUGCAUUGCUGCAGUCCAGUCGUCCCCAGCUCAGGCAGGACAACCCAUCCUGCAGCUGCUCAGGCUAAAGUACCUGAGUUUCUCUCUU